UAUCAAAUCCGGAGGAAAUGACUUAGUCUGUUAUUAUGAUCUGUUGUCAAGAGAUGGAAAUGUUAACGAAGGUUAGCCAGAAAUUUUGAACUUUGGACAUCGCAUUCCUGGCUGUGUAAAAUAUGUACUUCCGUGGUUCAUGGUAAUUGUCCUUCAGGGUCACCUGUCGCCUAUGACUACAAAGGAACGUAAACAUUCAUGCAUGCAUAACGGUCAAUCAAUGGCAGUCAAAAUGGAAUCGUUUUAUCACUAACCCAGGGCCGGUAGCCUUAAAUGUUACUUAAACUAUUGUAAAUAUAGAAAAAUAUCAUCGUCUUGGUAUAUUCUAUGUAACUUUACCUGUCUUUACACUUUUGACGAGUUGCGUUUUCUAAUCAAUGUUACAUAAUUCAAAAGCUGGUAAUUACGUCAAACAUUUGCAUUAAUGCUUUGAUAAUAUAAAAGAGGAAUACAAUUUUACACUUGUCAGGUAACAGCAAAUUGCAAAAAGGAUAAGGCUGUCACGAAAACGGGAAAAUGAAAUCUAUCAUUUCACUCGUUUAUUUAUCAUGCGUGCUGCAACUCAGCAAGCAGCAGUUACAGUGGCGUCUACUUGCCGAUGAUGUUGAAGGCGAAGGACCCGGUUCAAGACGGGAUUGCGCUUUGGGAUAUGAUACAGUUGACAAGAAACUUUAUGUCUUCGGUGGUCGAUCUGGUGGCAAAAUUCUUAAUGAUACGUGGUGUUAUGAUUUUAACAACAGAACAUGGAGUAUGGUUGACACUUCACAGUCGCCCGAACCAAGGUUUACAAUGGCGUUUGGAGUAUGGCAGGGAAAGAUGUACAUUUCAACAGGCGAAGGACCCGGAAAAGUCUUCUACAACGAUGUGUGGAGCUUUGAUUUUCGAAGUCAGCAAUGGACGAAGCUGAGCCAAGGAACCAAUCCCCCAGAGAAGCGCUAUGGCGCUGCAGGAGGUAUAUACCCAGGGCAAAGUCUACUAUGGAUGAGUCACGGUUUUGCUGACAUACGGUAUUCCAACACUUUCACGUAUGAUCUCUUGAAUGGAAGACGGAAGUGGGUGGAAGAAUUUACUGGUACCAACUCAUAUAACCCUCUGUAUCCUCAUGCUCGUUGCAUCCAUGGUGCAACACCUGUUACCCCUGAUCAUCUCGUUUUGUAUGGUGGAUGCUUAGGUGGAGGCGAGACGGGGGGACCAUGUCCUUCUUCAGACAGUUGGUUGUUUAGUCGUGUAAAUAAAAAAUGGAAAAGAUUAGAAGAAUGUUUUUCCCCGCGCAUGUACCCUGCUAUGGCUCCAAUUCCUAUGGGUAGUGACCCUUUGCGAUACGCAGCAGUUAUGUAUGGAGGAGGUCAAAAACGACCAAUCGAUGAUACAGACGAAUUCAGCAUUGUUUGGCUUGACGAAGCACCAAUGGACGAAAUUGGAGUAUUUACAUUGAAAAAGAGAUCAAUGUAUGAUGAUGAGCCGGACACAAAGUGGGAACGGAGACGAGCUACGAGUACCAACGGAAGUGGCAUACCUCCAUGGAGAAUUGGUCACAGUUUUCUGACCGUCGAGACGAUGAAUGGUAUAAUAAUGUUCGGUGGAGGUAAAAAAGACGAUAUUUGGUUGUUGUACGGGAACGUUAGUAGCAUCGAUGAUACAGCCUUGAUUGGAGAUGGUUGCUCAUCAAAGUACUGGAGUUUGAUCCACUUUCAUGGUCUUUUCAUGUUCCUUGGCUGGGGUCUGCUCCUUGUAGCUGGUGUUUUCUUCGCCAGAUAUUUCAGACGAAAGGAGCCAUUGUGGUUUCAUUUGCACAGAAUAUUUCAGGUAACAGGACUGCUCUUCACCAUCGGAGGUUUUGUUUGCGGUGUCAUGUCGGUUCCAUUUGAUCAUUUUAAGUUUGUUCAUGGAGCCAUCGGUCUCGUUGUCUUCUUGAUUGGUUUACUUCAAGCUGUUAACGGAGCACUACGUCCCCAUAAGGAAGAAGGAGAUGAGCAAAGCAUUAUUCGUCGUGUUUGGGAAUAUUGUCAUAAAACUCUUGGUCGAUUAGCCUUACUAUUAGCUCAGAUCAAUAUUUCACUGGGCAUGUUUCUUGCAGUUGUACCUACGGCUGUCUUCGCUGUCUGGUUUGGAUACUUGGGAGUCUGGGUAACACUCUUUGUCAUCAUGGAGAUUAUGAAAUCAAGACGAGAAUGUGGGAAAGUGGUGAAACCUACAAUAUCAGCUGGACACUAUGAAAUGAACUCUAAAAUGUAGAAUGGGGGGUUUCCGCCCAGUGACAUUCCUAGCUCGAUAAUUGGAGGGUAAAAUUCAUACAUGCAUGUUUUGGUGAUGCCUCUGUUACCGCUUAUUUUAUUGUAAAUAUACGGAAGAUUUGGAGGUUCUGUACUUGUCGGGCGUUAACCAGCAUAUGAGAAUUCUUUGUAGCAAUAUAUCUGUCAAUUUCAAUUGUAGUGUUUUUGCAGUGA